AUGUUCUCCGAGUUCGCGCGGCGUGAGCCAAAGAUUCGCACCUUGUUUGAAACCUUGCAUCCGCUGCCACUACACGGGGUUAAUUGCUUGCUGUGGAAAACUGACGGCAGAAGAGCCAACGAGAACUAUCGCAAUGUGCCGGAUGGCGUCGAGAAUGGCGACCAUUCGGAUGGAUCGUGCGCAAGCGCAGAAACAGGCCGGGUCAUGAGGGUGAACGGGAGCUUUUACGUCACAGACAAGGUCACUAAGAACAACCUGUGCUACAUCGUAAAACAUGUGCAAUUCAAGCUGAGACCCUUCAGAGCCAAGGUGUUAGCGGAUGUAUACACAAUCGGAGGCGCGGAUACAGACAAAGGCAAUGUGGCGACGGCAACGCUGCUACGACAAAAUGUGAGCCCCGUCGGAUCCGUUAGAGGCGAAUGGCGAUGGUCGCCGCCUUACAAGGUCGGUGAGGGCAUGGAUCCAAAAACGGCCAGCAUUGAAACGCUGAGUGUCGAAAAUCCGUAUCUUUACGUUUGCGGACUCAAGGAAUACAGCGCAACUACAAAUGAUACGACAUGA